AUCAAGGAAGGCGGCGGACAAUCAGCUGAUGUGCAUGACGUAAACGCACGCGAAAAGGUAAACAAAGAUCCCUCGAAGCUGAAAACAAGCGUUUCGCGAGUUUCCAAAAGGUGUUUUCGCUGCGAAGAAAAGCACUCCCCAGACUCGUGUGUUUACAAAAACGCAAAGUGCAAAUUUUGCUGGAAAAUAGGACACGUAGAACAUGCAUGUUUCUCAAAGAAAAAACAUUCAAAACAAAAACUAAAAGUGAACCAACAAUCUAGUGAAAGCAGUUUCGAAAACGUGCCACAAAACGAGAACAGUUCGGAAGACCAGGUGUACCAUUUUUCGCUUUACAGUGUGAAAUCGGACAGCAUCACUGGUAAAUAGCUGGUAGACGUCCUCCUGAAUAAGAAACCGAUAAGAAUGGAAAUCGAUUCGGCGCCGGACAUUCCAUAAUAGGCAAAUCAAACUUUCAAAAACUUUUCAGGGACAAUUCUCCAAAGGUGAAACCAUGUAAUUUCGACAAUUGGCGAGUGUUACGUGAACGUACAACGGGGACAAAAAAGUGCUACACUUCCACUUAUUGUUACUGAAGGCAACCGAGCAAGUCUGCUUGGAAGAAACUGGUUUGGAAGACUAGGUUUAACUAUUACAGGAAUAAAUCAGAUAAGCGAUUCGAACCCAGACUUUGUCAAGGAAUACCCGGAAGUAUUCGAGUCAACUCUAGGGAAAUUCAAAGGGCCUCCCGUAAGUUUUUCCUUAGAUCCGAACAUAAAUCCUAUUGUUCUCAAAGUCCGAAAGGUACCGUUCGAUUUAAAGGACAAGAUUGAUCGUGAAUUGGAUAGACUUGUCGAUCAAGGUGUGCUGGAGCCAGUGACUCAUCCAAAACGGGCCACUCCCAUUGUUGUUGUCGCCCAGGACAAUGGUGACGGAAGUACCAUAAACUAGGCGUUACGUACAGACCCCUAUCCAGUUCCGUCUGUUCAAAAUAUAUUAGCAGCUCUAGCAGGUGGUAAAAUAUUCGCAAAACUAGACAUGGCUCAAGCUUACCUGUGUAGUGUAGAUCAAGAAGCUGCAGACGCACAGACCAUUAUCAAGGACCUUUUAGGAGCAAACGCUUACAAUUUGGUGUCUCCAUGGCACCCCAAAUUUUCCGUUUCGUGGACAUGAGACUCACCGGAAUCCCAGGAGUUCUUCCAUAUUACGACGACAUUCUCAUAGUUGGACAUUCCGAAACAGAUUUGGACCGUAAAGUGCGUGAAGUACUUACCCGUUUUCGAGAAGAUGGACUUAAUCUACGCCGUGAUAAAUGCAUUUUUCACACGAAAUCUAUAGAAUUUUUAGGUUUUAGUAUUAGUGCAGAGGGAAUUCGACCGACCAAAGAGAAGGUGAAAGCAAUUGUUAACGCGCCUGCGCCAACCAACAAAAGGGAAUUGCAAGCUUUCCUCGGUUUGAUAAAUUUCUACCAUGUUUUUCUUAAAGACAAAGCAACGAUUACUAAUCCAUUGCAUAAUCUGCUACAUAAAGACGUCUCGGCAUGCAGAACAUGAAAAAGCGUUCAACUUACUAAAGAAUAUCCUAAUUUCAGAGCCCAUACUAGGACAUUAUGACGAACAUAAACAACUCUACCAUAGUCGCACAUUAUCCUCAACAGAAAGGAAUUUCUCACAGCUGGACAAAGAAGCUCUCGCCAUCAUUGUAGGAGUUAAGAAGUUCCACGAUUACCUAUAUGGACGAAAAUUCUGCAUCCGAACAGGCCAUAAACCUCUCCUAGGUAUUUUUUAGCCCGAGGAAGGGAAUCCCAGAAAUCCUUUCUCCGAGAUUGUUAAGAUGGACUCUGAUGCUCACAGCAUAUGACUACGAUCUACACCAUGUUCCAGGCUCAAGAAUUGGCAACGCCGACGCGCUUAGUCGUUUACCCCAGAAAUUAAACACUCCAGAACCACCGAAUGCACCCGCGAUGUUUUGAUGUUUGAGAACAUCCCGGAAAGAGUGGUCGAUGCUAAGCGUAUCGCCAGUGAAACAGCCAAGGCUCCAAUUCUAUCCAAAGUUUUACAAUGGAACGUUGUUACCAAAAUUGUUUGCUUUGGGGAACCAGGGUCAUAACACCUCCAGGAGGGAGGAAAAGUGUGAUCGAUCUUCUUCAUUCUGGACACCCAGGCAUGGUAAAAAUGAAGGCUCUUGCUCGCUCAUACGUUUGGUGGCCAAACCUUGACCGUGACAUUGAAAAUAAAAUUAAAACUUGCUCCGAGUGCCAGGAAGCACGAAAUAUGCCUAGAAAAGCUCCGGUACAUCCAUGGGAAUGGUCUCGUGCACCCUGGACACGACUUCACGUGGACUUUGCAGGCCCCAUGAAUGGUAAAUCAUUUUUAAUUGUAAUUGAUUCAUUCUCUAAAUGGCUGGAAGUUCGUUUGGUCACGAACACGUGCAGCAACUAUCAAAGUCAUGAGGGAAAUUUUGCAACACAUGGCAUUCCAUAUGUUAUUGUCUCCGACAAUGGUACAGCUUUUACAUCCGAAGAAUUUCAACAAUUCCUCAAAACAAACCAGAUUCGUCAAGCUUUGGUCGCUCCCUACCAUCCAAGUAGUAAUGGACAAUCAGAACGUAUGGUGCAAAAUGUAAAAAAUGCACUCAAGAGAAUGGGGAACGAGAAGGUCCAGUUAGCUUUGUCAAGAUACCUACUAACUCAGCACAUUACACCCCACAGCGUAACAGGUCGAUCUCCAGCAGAAGUCUGGAUGGGACGAAAGUUAGCGACGCUUUUAGACCGUAUGCAACUAGAUUUCACCAAAGAAAUGUCAGCCAAGCAAGAAGACAAAUACUCUUCUAAUGAAACCUCUCGAUCUUUCCAAGAGAAUGAUCCGGUGUUUGUAAGGUCUUACGCUCCCGGUCAAAGGUGGUUACCGUCAACGGUAAUAGAAUCAACGGGACCGCUCAGCUACAAGGUGAAAACUCCCGAUGGUAAAAUCACACGUAGACAUACCGAUCAAAUUCGUCCGCGUACACUCACCGAAGAGACCGUACCUGUCUCAGACAGUCAGAACUACGACGUUUCGCGAUUCGCGGAAUCCUCAGAGAUUCUUCCAAGGGUCGUUAUCCCUUCACUCCCGGCCGGCCAGAACAAGGCGCCCUCCACGAUAUUUGGAGGAUUACACAACCUAGAGGAAAAUCUAGGGGGGAGGAGUGUGGUGUAUUUGGCAACACCGCGGGCCGACCAAAAAGUUAGUCUCAGCCGGUGUGUCCAAGAGGCAACAACGUUUUCACGUGCAGUACCGUGGUCAAAUAAAGAACCUUUAUUUUUGUGAUAUUAAAGUGGAAGUAAUUAACUUUACUGUUUUCUUUCGAAAACCCAGUCCGCCCACAUAUCAAUAGAUAAAUUUAUUUUGUAAAUAUUAAAUAAUAAAAAUAAAAUUAAAAUAGCAAAGAAAACCUACCAGGGCCACAUACACAUAAUAUUUUCGAAAUAUGAACUUUUCCCAGAUGAAUAGUCAAAUAUUUCACGAUACCUUAAAACAGAAGCAUGCGGUAAUAUGCAUGAAGUUAAC